UGAAUGAUACCUUGUGUUUGUGCCGCUAGUGUUGUUGGCCAAACUGAUGUUUCAAGGAAAAUAGUCGGAGUAACUUGGAGAAUAUAAAUUUGAGGACACUCUGAAUCAUGGCUUUACCACCAGAAAAGAUUGCUGAGCUCAAGCAAAUAAUUCAUUCUCAGAUUUCGCAGAUGGACAUCCAAAGUCAAAUUCGCAAUGUGAUUUCCAACAUUUCCGCUAAUCAUAAUGGACAUGAUGAAGACCUUAGUGAGGCUGAUGUCAUGGCACAACUGCGGCAACGUGGAGUGGUAGAUGAAAUCAUGAGGCACAUCCAAGUUGAUGGAGCACAGGGGGGUAGACCAGCGGCACAUUUUGCUGACACAAAUAGCCAUGUGAACCAGCCUCCUUCUAAAAAAGCUAAUAUUGACCCGUCGCGGCGUUACAUUUACUUCAUGGUGCAAGGAGGGAAGGCAUUCCUUGAACACUUGGAGGAUCCAAAUGCCCUCCCAGGUCAAAAGGUCGCUGCAUACUUCACUUUGCACAUCUACUACAGAAACCAGAGGUACAGGUCCCGACCUGUGCCUUGUGCUGUGGAGCCAGAGUUUGAUGAGGGCUUUUUGCUGGAACUACACAAGGGUGAAGCUGGAGAGGCUGGCAAAAUGGCUGACUUUCCAUCUAUGCUGUCGUUAAGUGACCCCAUUCACAUGGUGCUGGUCAAAACAGAUGCUGUAGGGGAAACCACUCUUUUAUCUUCUCACUUCUUUGAAUGGCGGCCACUGCUGACUGCUAAACAAGGUCAAAUGAAAACCUCCAUUGAGAUGAUGGGCACAGGAAACGAAGCUCGUGUGCCUGUCGGAGUGUUGGAGGUUCAGAUGGAGUUGUUCCCUCGGCCAGGCCAGGCCCUCGAGGAGAAUGUUGUCCGUGCCCAGCUGGACAUGGAGCGCAGCCGCCAGGCUGAUCGGGAGCGUUUGUUCCUGGUCUACGCCAAGCAGUGGUGGAAGGAGUACUUGCAGAUCAGGGAGUCUCAUCAGGAGAGGCUGGUCAAGAUGUUUGCUCAGGAUGAGAACGGAGUGAAGCGCCCAGUGUCAUCGUACGUGAAGCCUUUCAGAGCCGGUCGGUUGCUAGAUACUCCUCGUGAGGCUGCGAGGUUUGUCUCUUUGAUGCACCAUGAAAAGCUGCAAACACUUGGCGGAGGCGACCGGGUGGAGCAGUGGACCAACUUGCAUUCCUUUUUGUGCCGCAACAGAGGGGACUGUGAAGACCAUGCCAUUCUUCUGUGUUGCCUCCUGCUGGGCUUUGGCCUGGACGCCUACAUCUGUGUCGGGACAAAGGUCAAAGGGUCAGUGCAUGCCUGGGUCAUGACAGUCAGUGCUGAUGGACUCAUCACUUUCUGGGAAAGUUUAAAUGGACACAGAUAUAUACAUCAUGCCAUUGAUCCCAAUGGCCCGCCCAUGGCCAAGGCUGAAAGGCCAAAAUACCCGUACAAGACUGUGGGGUGUGUGUUCAACCACACAUCUUUUUAUGCCAACAGUCAGGCAUCUGACCAUGUGGAAGUGUGUCGCUUUGACCUCCACAAUGAAGCCCACUGGAAGUCCAUGUCUCAGGACGCCAUUGUCUCGGUUUGUGGGCCAGGAGCAUGCCCCCAGUGGCCCGUCCCCCCUCCCUUGAGUCCAUCUGUCCUCGAUUCUGCCCUGGUCAGCAACGAUUUAGAGCAACAACUCCGAGUGUUAGUCAUGGAGCAUCGGCGGGACCUGGGUUUGACCACACAGUGGGAUGACCAACUCAGCUACAUUCUCAGUCCAGCUCUAGCGGCCUAUGAAGUGGAGAGAGUCACUGGUAUAACUGCGGGCAACGAAGAAUUCCAGGAUGCCGUGAGACAAGCUGUACCUGACGGGCAGACUUUCAAAGGUUAUCCCAUACAGUUCACACAUAGAAACGCUCGGAAAGCCUUCACCACUUGCCUGAGGUCUCCUGUGUGUGAUGAGAUCAUCAACUGUCGCGGGGACAAAGUGAGGCUAGCGGUGCGAGUUCGAGUCUUCCCUUACCCAGAAUCAGCCUGUGCCACGUGGAUUAUGUUUGCCUGUAAAUACAAGUCUGUAGUGUGAGGAGAUUUUGUUCCCUUUUUAUUGGUAAGAAUCUAUGAAUUUGUAUUUUAUCGGCAGGGUAAUGCCUGUAGUACUUCCUGUAACUUGUCACUCGAAUAGAGGGGGAUCUGAACUGGACAUCCAGCAGUUUAGAUACCAAGGGACAGUUUGAAUUUCUUUUGUAAAUAUUCCUUGAAUGAAAGAGUAAGCAAAGGGUUGUGCGUUCUAAAGUGCCGGCAGAACUUGUGUGUUGCCUUUGUUGUUUCACAAAAUUUCCAUUUCUCAAUAAUGCUGGGAUUUUUACAAUAUAUAAACUCAUCCCAAUUUUUUGGCCCAGAAUUGUUUUGAGCUUUCAAAGUUAUUGAUUUUAGAAUGGAAUGAUGCAAUGUGAUUUCGAGUGAAAAGAGA